GCUACGGUAUCUGCUCGGAAACGCUGCGCUCGUUUGUUUGCGUCUGCAAAAAUUAGACAUAUUUCCUUUCAUAAUAUCCUUAAUAUCUAUUCGCCUCAAUGUCCGGAACGCUCGAUGUGUGUGAAAAGUACUACGGUACGCGAAAUAUUUACGAAUUGUUUAGCGUCGAGAAAAAUGCAUCGGUACAGGAAAUCAAGAAAGCAUACUAUCGGCUGUCGCUCCAAACACACCCUGACCGUGUGCCGGAGAGUGAUAAAAAAGAGGCUACCGAGAAAUUUAAAGUAUUAAGCAAAUUGUACAACAUCAUUAGCGACAAAGAUUCACGCGCUAUCUACGACGAACGGGGCGUCGUCGAUGACGAUGACGAUGCCAGCACCAAUUGGAUGGAUAUGUGGCAGCAAUUUUUCAAACCACUCACCACGGAAGAUAUACAAAACUAUCAGAAAAGCUACACCGGUUCCGAAACGGAGCGUACCGACAUUAAGCGUGCGUACCUUGGCGGGAAAGGUUGCAUUAACUUCAUGAUGCAGACUGUCCCAUUCAUGACGUGCGAAGAUGAACCGCGCAUCGCGGUAAUCGUGCAGGAAAUGAUCGAUCAAAAGGAAGUACCGGAAUACGUGAUCUUCACCAAGGAACCGAAGGAGAAGCGCAAUCGGCGUCACAAAAAAUACGCUCGCGAAGCAAAGAUUGCAAAGGAGGUCCAACAGCAGCAAAAGAGCACAGCCUCACUAGAACAGCAAAUUGCGCUCAAGCGAAAGAGUGCAUUCAGUUCGUUGAUUGAUUCGUUGGAAGCUAAGUAUGGUAACGGUAAGGACGAAGCUGACGAUCUAUUCGAGCUUGACGACGAACCGCCUAAAAAGCGGAAGGCGCAAACGCGAAAACGAGACGAAAGUGCUGGCCAAUCAACCAAGUCAACCAGGACAACGAAGAGGAAGCAAGCGGUAGGCAGGAAGAAUAGAUCGUCUAAGUAAAUUAUGAGCAUUAUUAACCCAACAUCAAGGAACAUUUCUCAUUUCCUGUUUUGAAUAUUGUAAGACAGGAACUAUUUAAGAAAAUUAUUGUAGUGUUCACAUUCUGUAAUAGAAUACGAAAGAAAUAAAUAGGAGAUAGAAAGAACAAUGCUACUUCGUGCCCUUGCUAAGAACUAAUAAAUUGCGUAU